AUGUUGUUUUCAGUUGGAGCACUGUCCUCUUUGCUUGCAGUUGCAAGGCAUGUGUCUGCGGCCACUGCCGCUGCUCCUGCGCACUUCCUGAUGAUCAGCGGCGUGACGGCAGUUGAUGAGACUUGCCUGGCAGGGUCUGCAGCAGGUGUGUGGCUUGAAUCCUGCGAGAAGGCAGUGGCUGGCAUGAGUGGGGAAGAGAUCUGGAGCUUGGCGACAGAUGGGACCUUGGUGCACGCGCGAUCGAAGACGUGUCUCAGCCCGCAAGGAACAAGUGCUGCUGGUGUGCCUCUAGCGCUGGUGUCGUGCGACGCAGCUGGCGGCGUGGCGAAGUGGGAACUGCAAGGGAACGGUCAGGUCAAGAUGGCGCAGAGCAACAUGUGUAUCAGCCAGGUCGGGCCAAGUGGUGCUGCGGUCAACGCGGCCGCUUCAGCUUCAGUGUUGAACCGCGCAGCACGUGCAAAUGUCCGCAUCACGGCAGAGGGUCAUCCUGCGAGUUCCGGGCUCUUGGAAAUCCAGACCAGCUCCGGGUCAUAUGGGUCUGUGUGUGGAAUGAAUGCCGAAGCAGCAAGUGUGGCCUGCAGGCAGUUGGGCUUUGAGUUCGGUGUGCAGAGCCCAUCUCCAUGCGGCCAGUAUGGAGGAGGGAGCUGGUGUGGGGCAGCAGGAUCACCUGUUGCCGUGAAGAGCUUGAAGUGCUUGGGGACAGAAAUGAGUGUUGAUGAGUGCAGCUCAGAAGCAGUAGACGAUGCAUGUCGGAGCCACGGCAGUGAUGCUGUCAUCUUCUGCGGCGCAAGCUCUGUGGGCGCUUUCCCAGACGGCGAGCUGCGAUUGGUUGGAUCAACAGGUGCACCAGCCCUGCCCAAAGAGGCCGGGCGCCUGGAAGUGUUUCUGGCCGCCGCUCAAGCCUGGGCGCCAGUGUGCAAGCUUGGGUUCACGAGCGGAUCGGCUUCAGUUGCUUGCAAGCAGAUGGGCUACUCAGGGUCAGCAGGCUUCGCAGGUUGCCGAUCCCAGGAAGCCUGUGGAGGAGUGGCGCCGCAGCUAGCAGACUUGGCUUGUUCUGGUUCAGAGACCAGUGUGUUGCAGUGCCCUAUGUCAAUCGGGGACGACGUGUUCUGUGCGCCAGAGGAGUCCGUGCUUCUGUCUUGUGCUGGACAGGGCGAUCCGAUUGGAAAGCCGACGGAGCGAACAGAAGCAACCAACAUUGUACGACGCAGUCGUACGGCGGAUGAUAUGCUGGUGUUGUCGGUUCGGCAUGUGUCUGCGGCCACUGCCGCUGCUCCUGCGCACUUCCUGAUGAUCAGCGGCGUGACGGCAGUUGAUGAGACUUGCCUGGCAGGGUCUGCAGCAGGUGUGUGGCUUGAAUCCUGCGAGAAGGCAGUGGCUGGCAUGAGUGGGGAAGAGAUCUGGAGCUUGGCGACAGAUGGGACCUUGGUGCACGCGCGAUCGAAGACGUGUCUCAGCCCGCAAGGAACAAGUGCUGCUGGUGUGCCUCUAGCGCUGGUGUCGUGCGACGCAGCUGGCGGCGUGGCGAAGUGGGAACUGCAAGGGAACGGUCAGGUCAAGAUGGCGCAGAGCAACAUGUGUAUCAGCCAGAUCGGGCCAAGUGGUGCUGCGGUCAACGCGGCCGCCUCAGCUUCAGUGUCUGCAAGCUCGACGUUAGAUCCCAGCCAUGGGGCAGCUUUGGCCGUUGACGGGGUGGCGUCCACCUACUGGGUUUCUAAACUGGACGAGGCAGAUGCCGUCAGCCUUCUCCUUGACUUCGGAGAGCCGGUGCAUGGAUCCGUCUUGGAGCUCGACUUCGAAUUCGUGCCUUCGGCGUUUUCAGUGCAGGCUGCGGAGGCCUCGUCGGAGAAUUGGCUGCAACUAUUUGCGACAGACUCGAACGCUUUGAAGCAUGUGAAGAUUCCUCUCGCGCCGGCCAAGCCCAUGUCGGCAGUCAGACUCAUCAUGAAGGAAGCCCAUCCGACACUCGGGACCAUGAACGGCCGUAAGCUUGUUGGGGUUCGCUCUAUCAGGCUGCUGACGCGGCUGCUGCAGCCGGCGCUGGAGCCAUGUGCAGUGGCGGCGAAAAGCCACGAUGCAAGAGACAAGUUCUUCACCGUUGCAGUCAGUGGCUUUGACCCGCAAGCUGGUGCUGCUUUGGCAGCCGAGAUGCCUGCGCUGGAGUCGGCAGAUGCGGCGCUUUCGUCUAUCGUUGUUGAGCUCGCGAAGGCCUUGCCUGCGAUCAGCUCCUGCAAGCCUGGCGGCCCUAUCUCCCUUCGUGCCAAUGCCACGAUCCAGAGCACUCAGCGACGCCGAGAAGUCCUCGACAUGGCGUUGGACGUGGGCCAGGAAGCAGCCUUGCUGGAGGAAGCCAGGGGCACCAUUGUCGCAGCGCGUGGGCUGCUGGCCAUGCGGCCUCUAUUCACUGGCGUAUGUUUGGUGUUUGCAAAGGUGUUGAACCGCGCAGCACGUGCAAAUGUCCGCAUCACGGCAGAGGGUCAUCCUGCGAGUUCCGGGCUCUUGGAAAUCCAGACCAGCUCCGGGUCAUAUGGGUCUGUGUGUGGAAUGAAUGCCGAAGCAGCAAGUGUGGCCUGCAGGCAGUUGGGCUUUGAGUUCGGUGUGCAGAGCCCAUCUCCAUGCGGCCAGUAUGGAGGAGGGAGCUGGUGUGGGGCAGCAGGAUCACCUGUUGCCGUGAAGAGCUUGAAGUGCCUGGGGACAGAAAUGAGUGUUGACGAGUGCAGCUCAGAAGCAGUAGACGAUGCAUGUCUGAGCCACGGCAGUGAUGCUGUCAUCUUCUGUGGCGCAAGCUCUGUGGGCGCUUUCCGAGAUGGCGAGCUGCGGUUGGUUGGAUCAACAGGUGCACCAGCCCUGCCCAAAGAGGCCGGACGCCUAGAAGUGUUUCUGGCCGCCGCUCAAGCCUGGGCGCCAGUGUGCAAGCUUGGGUUCACGAGCGGAUCGGCUUCAGUUGCUUGCAAGCAGAUGGGCUACCCAGGGGCAGCAGGCUUCGCAGGUUGCCGAUCCCAGGAAGCCUGUGGAGGAGUGGCGCCGCAGCUAGCAGACUUGGCUUGCUCUGGUUCAGAGACCAGUGUGUUGCAGUGCCCUAUGUCAACCGGGGACGACGUGUUCUGUGCGCCAGAGGAGUCCGUGCUUUUGUCUUGUGCUGGACAGGGCGAUCCGAUUGGAAAGCCGACGGAGCGAACAGAAGCAACCAACAUUGUACGACGCAGUCGUACGGCGGAUGAUAUGCUGGUGUUGUCGGUUCGGCAUGUGUCUGCGGCCACUGCCGCUGCUCCUGCGCACUUCCUGAUGAUCAGCGGCGUGACGGCAGUUGAUGAGACUUGCCUGGCAGGGUCUGCAGCAGGUGUGUGGCUUGAAUCCUGCGAGAAGGCAGUGGCUGGCAUGAGUGGGGAAGAGAUCUGGAGCUUGGCGACAGAUGGGACCUUGGUGCACGCGCGAUCGAAGACGUGUCUCAGCCCGCAAGGAACAAGUGCUGCUGGUGUGCCUCUAGCGCUGGUGUCGUGCGACGCAGCUGGCGGCGUGGCGAAGUGGGAACUGCAAGGGAACGGUCAGGUCAAGAUGGCGCAGAGCAACAUGUGUAUCAGCCAGGUCGGGCCAAGUGGUGCUGCGGUCAACGCGGCCGCCUCAGCUUCAGUGUCUGCAAGCUCGACGUUAGAUCCCAGCCAUGGGGCAGCUUUGGCCGUUGACGGGGUGGCGUCCACCUACUGGGUUUCUAAACUGGACGAGGCAGAUGCCGUCAGCCUUCUCCUUGACUUCGGAGAGCCGGUGCAUGGAUCCGUCUUGGAGCUCGACUUCGAAUUCGUGCCUUCGGCGUUUUCAGUGCAGGCUGCGGAGGCCUCGUCGGAGAAUUGGCUGCAACUAUUUGCGACAGACUCGAACGCUUUGAAGCAUGUGAAGAUUCCUCUCGCGCCGGCCAAGCCCAUGUCGGCAGUCAGACUCAUCAUGAAGGAAGCCCAUCCGACACUCGGGACCAUGAACGGCCGUAAGCUUGUUGGGGUUCGCUCUAUCAGGCUGCUGACGCGGCUGCUGCAGCCGGCGCUGGAGCCAUGUGCAGUGGCGGCGAAAAGCCACGAUGCAAGAGACAAGUUCUUCACCGUUGCAGUCAGUGGCUUUGACCCGCAAGCUGGUGCUGCUUUGGCAGCCGAGAUGCCUGCGCUGGAGUCGGCAGAUGCGGCGCUUUCGUCUAUCGUUGUCGAGCUCGCGAAGGCCUUGCCUGCGAUCAGCUCCUGCAAGCCUGGCGGCCCUAUCUCCCUUCGUGCCAAUGCCACGAUCCAGAGCACUCAGCGACGCCGAGAAGUCCUCGACAUGGCGUUGGACGUGGGCCAGGAAGCAGCCUUGCUGGAGGAAGCCAGGGGCACCAUUGUCGCAGCGCGUGGGCUGCUGGCCAUGCGGCCUCUAUUCACUGGCGUAUGUUUGGUGUUUGCAAAGGUGUUGAACCGCGCAGCACGUGCAAAUGUCCGCAUCACGGCAGAGGGUCAUCCUGCGAGUUCCGGGCUCUUGGAAAUCCAGACCAGCUCCGGGUCAUAUGGGUCUGUGUGUGGAAUGAAUGCCGAAGCAGCAAGUGUGGCCUGCAGGCAGUUGGGCUUUGAGUUCGGUGUGCAGAGCCCAUCUCCAUGCGGCCAGUAUGGAGGAGGGAGCUGGUGUGGGGCAGCAGGAUCACCUGUUGCCGUGAAGAGCUUGAAGUGCCUGGGGACAGAAAUGAGUGUUGACGAGUGCAGCUCAGAAGCAGUAGACGAUGCAUGUCUGAGCCACGGCAGUGAUGCUGUCAUCUUCUGUGGCGCAAGCUCUGUGGGCGCUUUCCAAGAUGGCGAGCUGCGGUUGGUUGGAUCAACAGGUGCACCAGCCCUGCCCAAAGAGGCCGGACGCCUAGAAGUGUUUCUGGCCGCCGCUCAAGCCUGGGCGCCAGUGUGCAAGCUUGGGUUCACGAGCGGAUCGGCUUCAGUUGCUUGCAAGCAGAUGGGCUACCCAGGGGCAGCAGGCUUCGCAGGUUGCCGAUCCCAGGAAGCCUGUGGAGGAGUGGCGCCGCAGCUAGCAGACUUGGCUUGCUCUGGUUCAGAGACCAGUGUGUUGCAGUGCCCUAUGUCAACCGGGGACGACGUGUUCUGUGCGCCAGAGGAGUCCGUGCUUUUGUCUUGUGCUGGACAGGGCGAUCCGAUUGGAAAGCCGACGGAGCGAACAAAAGCAACCAACAUUGUACGACGCAGUCGUACGGCGGAUGAUAUGCUGGUGUUGUCGGUUCGGCAUGUGUCUGCGGCCACUGCCGCUGCUCCUGCGCACUUCCUGAUGAUCAGCGGCGUGACGGCAGUGGAUGAGACUUGCCUGGCAGGGUCUGCAGCAGGUGUGUGGCUUGAAUCCUGCGAGAAGGCAGUGGCUGGCAUGAGUGGGGAAGAGAUCUGGAGCUUGGCGACAGAUGGGACCUUGGUGCACGCGCGAUCGAAGACGUGUCUCAGCCCGCAAGGAACAAGUGCUGCUGGUGUGCCUCUAGCGCUGGUGUCGUGCGACGCAGCUGGCGGCGUGGCGAAGUGGGAACUGCAAGGGAACGGUCAGGUCAAGAUGGCGCAGAGCAACAUGUGUAUCAGCCAGGUCGGGCCAAGUGGUGCUGCGGUCAACGCGGCCGCCUCAGCUUCAGUGUCUGCAAGCUCGACGUUAGAUCCCAGCCAUGGGGCAGCUUUGGCCGUUGACGGGGUGGCGUCCACCUACUGGGUUUCUAAACUGGACGAGGCAGAUGCCGUCAGCCUUCUCCUUGACUUCGGAGAGCCGGUGCAUGGAUCCGUCUUGGAGCUCGACUUCGAAUUCGCGCCUUCGGCGUUUUCAGUGCAGGCUGCGGAGGCCUCGUCGGAGAAUUGGCUGCAACUAUUUGCGACAGACUCGAACGCUUUGAAGCAUGUGAAGAUUCCUCUCGCGCCGGCCAAGCCCAUGUCGGCAGUCAGACUCAUCAUGAAGGAAGCCCAUCCGACACUCGGGACCAUGAACGGCCGUAAGCUUGUUGGGGUUCGUUCUAUCAGGCUGCUGACGCGGCUGCUGCAGCCGGCGCUGGAGCCAUGUGCAGUGGCGGCGAAAAGCCACGAUGCGAGAGACAAGUUCUUCACCGUUGCAGUCAGUGGCUUUGACCCGCAAGCUGGUGCUGCUUUGGCAGCGGAGAUGCCUGCGCUGGAGUCGGCAGAUGCAGCGCUUUCGUCUAUCGUUGUCGAGCUCGCGAAGGCCUUGCCUGCGAUCAGCUCCUGCAAGCCUGGCGGCCCUAUCUCCCUUCGUGCCAAUGCCACGAUCCAGAGCACUCAGCGACGCCGAGAAGUCCUCGACAUGGCGUUGGACGUGGGCCAGGAAGCAGCCUUGCUGGAGGAAGCCAGGGGCACCAUUGUCACAGCGCAGCAGAACUCGUCGGCGCUCCCAACGGCCAUGCGGCCUCUAUUCACUGGCGUAUGUUUGGUGUUUGCAAAGGUGUUGAACCGCGCAGCACGUGCAAAUGUCCGCAUCACGGCAGAGGGUCAUCCUGCGAGUUCCGGGCUCUUGGAAAUCCAGACCAGCUCCGGGUCAUAUGGGUCUGUGUGUGGAAUGAAUGCCGAAGCAGCAAGUGUGGCCUGCAGGCAGUUGGGCUUUGAGUUCGGUGUGCAGAGCCCAUCUCCAUGCGGCCAGUAUGGAGGAGGGAGCUGGUGUGGGGCAGCAGGAUCACCUGUUGCCGUGAAGAGCUUGAAGUGCCUGGGGACAGAAAUGAGUGUUGACGAGUGCAGCUCAGAAGCAGUAGACGAUGCAUGUCUGAGCCACGGCAGUGAUGCUGUCAUCUUCUGUGGCGCAAGCUCUGUGGGCGCUUUCCGAGAUGGCGAGCUGCGGUUGGUUGGAUCAACAGGUGCACCAGCCCUGCCCAAAGAGGCCGGACGCCUAGAAGUGUUUCUGGCCGCCGCUCAAGCCUGGGGGCAGCAGGCUUCGCAGGUCGCAGGUUGCCGAUCCCAGGAAGCCUGUGGAGGAGUGGCGCCGCAGCUAGCAGACUUGGCUUGCUCUGGUUCAGAGACCAGUGUGUUGCAGUGCCCUAUGUCAACCGGGGACGACGUGUUCUGUGCGCCAGAGGAGUCCGUGCUUUUGUCUUGUGCUGGACAGGGCGAUCCGAUUGGAAAGCCGACGGCCAUGCGGCCUCUAUUCACUGGCGUAUGUUUGGUGUUUGCAAAGGUGUUGAACCGCGCAGCACGUGCAAAUGUCCGCAUCACGGCAGAGGGUCAUCCUGCGAGUUCCGGGCUCUUGGAAAUCCAGACCAGCUCCGGGUCAUAUGGGUCUGUGUGUGGAAUGAAUGCCGAAGCAGCAAGUGUGGCCUGCAGGCAGUUGGGCUUUGAGUUCGGUGUGCAGAGCCCAUCUCCAUGCGGCCAGUAUGGAGGAGGGAGCUGGUGUGGGGCAGCAGGAUCACCUGUUGCCGUGAAGAGCUUGAAGUGCCUGGGGACAGAAAUGAGUGUUGACGAGUGCAGCUCAGAAGCAGUAGACGAUGCAUGUCUGAGCCACGGCAGUGAUGCUGUCAUCUUCUGUGGCGCAAGCUCUGUGGGCGCUUUCCGAGAUGGCGAGCUGCGGUUGGUUGGAUCAACAGGUGCACCAGCCCUGCCCAAAGAGGCCGGACGCCUAGAAGUGUUUCUGGCCGCCGCUCAAGCCUGGGCGCCAGUGUGCAAGAUUGGGUUCACGAGCGGAUCGGCUUCAGUUGCUUGCAAGCAGAUGGGCUACCCAGGGGCAGCAGGCUUCGCAGGUUGCCGAUCCCAGGAAGCCUGUGGAGGAGUGGCGCCGCAGCUAGCAGACUUGGCUUGCUCUGGUUCAGAGACCAGUGUGUUGCAGUGCCCUAUGUCAACCGGGGACGACGUGUUCUGUGCGCCAGAGGAGUCCGUGCUUUUGUCUUGUGCUGGACAGGGCGAUCCGAUUGGAAAGCCGACGGCUCCUUAA